UCCUUCAUGUAUGUCUUUUAUUCCUAAUGUCUUUCUUCUCUCCCUCUUUUCACGGGCCUAGAAAAGAUGUUUUCUGUAUGUGAAAGCUUCUCUAACUGCAUGCCCACUCUACCUCAGAUUUAAUUGAUUUUUUUUCAUGGCAGUAACUAUGAGUAACACUCCUUGGGCUGCUGGCUUUCAGUCCACUGUUGAUGGCCAGCUGACUACUGUUUUAGGUCUUUUGUAAAUUUAUAUAAUCAUUUACCCACUCUAAAGCUGAGAUUUGCCUACACGUAGAUCCUCAAACUAAUAGACCUGAAAUUUAUUCAUUCUUGCCAGGAAAAAAGGACCAUCAUAAAUGUAUUCUUUAAUGUUAGCAGUAAUCCUACUUGAAGUCAUUAGUUUUUCUUUUGGAAGGUUGAAUGCAUUCCUGUCUAUUUCAUAACCUAGAAGAUUUCCUUUCUUCUAGAAUAUAUCAGAGCCUCGAGUACAUAGAAGAUAAUGCUACAGUUUUUCAUGCCUACUAUCUUUCGGCGGUAGCUAACACUGAGAUGAAAAACUCAGUGGCCUUGGGCCAUUUUGUUCUUCCUCCUGCAUGUCUGCAAAAAGAAAUAAGAAGAAAAAUUGGUAGUUUUAUUUGGGAACAAGAUGAAAAUGUUCUGAUAGAAAAGCAUGACAGAAUACCAUCAAAUGAGAGGGAAAGCAGUGAGCCAACCACAGAACACAAGAAAGAGUGGUCUGAAAGUGCAGAGAAUGAUUUUAUAAGGACAACUCCAGUUGUAGAAAAGCAGAUGUACUUCCCUCUUCAGAAUUAUCCAGUGAACAACAUGGUAACAGGCUAUGGGGCAGGAUCUUCCAGAACAAAGCAUCUUAUGAGCUAUCAUCAAUUAGAUAAGGGUUAUAUAUCAAUUGAUGCCUUGGAGAAAUUCCUUGGAGAAUUACAUGACUUCAUUCCUGGAAGCUCAGGAUAUUUGGCAUAUCAUGUUCAAAAUGAAAUUAACAUGUCUGCUAUAAAAAACAAAUUAAAGAGGAAACUAAGUUAAAUUGUA